CACAAAGUGCAAUUGUGAGCGGCGUGAAGUUGGCAGCGGCCGCUGACCUGAAGAAGCAGAAAACUUAAAGAUUACAAUAAUUAAGUGAAACAAUUUAGACUGGCUCCUGCAUCGGAGUUGCAGUCGUUGCGUAAUUACGCAGGCUUGUGUGUGUAAAGGGUUAAGCUUAUCGGCAGCAUGGCGUUGGCAUUGAGAGUGGCAUAUUUAGCGCACGCCAGUGGCACUUGGAACAGAUGGCCCCAGGAGCGCCGUCGCCUGGUGCGAUUGGCCAGCAGCAACUCCAUCUUCAGCUCGAAGCUGAAGGGCUGCGAUAGCAUGCCGAAAUUGAAUUACAGCACACAAGAGCAACCGAAUGCAGAGAAACAAACACAAACACAGCCAAAACCAAUACCAAUACCAACGAUUCCGCCACAGAUCAAGCGAAAUGUAGCCAGCGAAAUAACCAGCGUGGGCAAAGUCCUCUACGAGGCUGGCUGGGACGAGAAAAAGGCGAAGGAACAGAAAACUGGAAUUGCCACGAACGAAAAAUCAACCUCUGAGCAAAAGGCUGAGGAGCCACAGAAGACGAAGCGUGAGCAGAUACGCGACAAUAUGCAGUCGAAGCGGGAACAGAUGCGCGACAAUAUGCAGGAUUACAUAUUUACGCGAUACUUCAACUAUGUAAAAAACUAUGACAAAGUUCUCGAAAAGAACUUUCCCAAAGCCAUGCAGCUUUAUCGAGCGUUUUUCGUUGGGGUCAAGGACUUCUUUGCGGAUAUGAAGCGCUUCCUCAAAGUGGCGCGCAUUGCCAACGAUUCGCCGCAGGGAAUCCGGGCGUUGAAUCGCCAAGAGCUCGAAUUGUAUAUGCAAAUGCCUCGCGACAUGAUGAAGGUAGCGCCUGCAUUGAUUGGCUGCUCUCUGCCAAUGGUGGGAUAUGCGUUCUUUCCACUCGUAUUUUGGUAUCCACGCAUAUUUCUCACACCGCACUUCUGGACACCGGAUCAGCGCAUCGAUUUCCAGAGUUACUACAUGAAGCGUCGGCUGCAGUGCAACAAGUCCGUGCUUCGCUGCCUUCAAGCUAAGCUCAAGUCUACUGCCGGACAUCAAAAUCAUGCCGAUUUCCAGUGCAUCCUGGGACAGCUGGGCAGCGGCACACAUCCCACACCUGAGGCUCUAAUUGCUGUCAAAGACAUCUUCGCCGAGGGACCCUACUCACUGCUGGGCAUGUCGCGGAAGCACAUCAAAUGUCUAGUCAACAUGCACGGACUGCCCAGUAGCCUGUUCAAACGGCAUCGCCUGCACGAGCACGCAUUCCUAGUGCAUUACAUGGACAUGGCCAUUACGCGUGAAGGUGGCGUCCACAAUCUGAACACGUCGGCGUUGCGCUACUCUUGCAAUCUUCGCGGUCUCAACUCGGAUAACCUAAACAACGAGCAGAUGAUCGAAUGGCUGCGUAACUGGGUCAAGGUGUCCACGUCAAUACAAGCCCAGCAUAUCACUCUCUUUCUGCAUCUGCCUAUUCUGCUGGGCUACAAUCAUCCCAACAACUGGAAGACCAUCUACUGCAAGGAAGACUCCUAAAUUGGUGCUAUUUUAAGUGUGUAAAGACUUGUUUUGCAAACUGAAAUUUUGUUUUUAAAAAGCAAAUAAAACUGUUAAAGCCAAA